UCAUGCGCCCGCACACGUGAUCGGGUCGUUGCAGCGGGAGGCGGCAGGAUGGCGCCGGGGUACCGGGCUGUGCCGGCCGCGCUGGUGCUGUGCGCGGCCGCCUGGAGCUGCGCCGCGGGAGCGGAGCUGGAGCGGGAUCAGCCGUUCCGCGUGCCCCCGGGCUGGGCGCACACCGGCCGCGUGGAGCCCGGCCACGACGUGCAGCUGACGUUCGCGCUGCGGCAGCGCGGCCUGCGCCGCCUGGCCCGGCUCGUCGAGGCUGUGUCGGACCCGCGCUCGUCACGAUACGGACAGUACCUGUCCCUGGAGCGCGUGCGAGACCUCGUCCAGCCGUCCACAGCCACGCUCAUGGUGGUGCUGAAGUGGCUGCAGGGACACGGCGUUGAGACCUGCAGGAGUGUCACCACCAUGGACUUCUUGGAGUGUCGCAUGGCAGCAAGCACGGCCGAGCGCAUCCUGCCAGGGGCUGAGUUCCACCGGUACGUGAAGGGGCAGCACAGCGUCGUGCGCUCCCCACACCCCUACACAGUCCCCACGGAGCUGGCGGAGCACCUUGACUUCGUGGGAGGCCUGCACCGGUUCCCUGCAGAGAGAAAGAUGAUCAGCAGGGCCUGGAUCAAGAAGGAGCUGGAGCAGCACCGUGGAGGGAGAGCAGCUUUCCACCUGGGAGUGACACCUUCCAUCCUUCGUCAGAGAUACAACAUGACAAAGGGAGACAUUGGGCUUCUGCCAAACAACAGCCAGGCCUGUGCUCAGUUCCUGGAGCAGUACUUCCACCAGGCUGACGUGGCCGAGUUCAUGAAGCUCUUUGGCAGCAGCUUUCCCCACCGCACUCAGGUUGACCGAGUCGUUGGGCACCAGGGCAUUGGCAAGGCUGGGCUGGAGGCCAGCCUGGAUGUGGAGUACAUCAUGAGCACAGGUGCCAACAUCUCCACGUGGGUCUUCAGCAAUGCAGGGAGACAUGAGAGCCAGGAACCCUUCCUGGCCUGGCUGCUGCUGCUCAGCAACAUGUCCUCGCUGCCCUGGGUGCACUCCGUGAGCUACGGGGACGACGAGGACAGCCUCUCGGUGGCCUACAUGGAACGCGUCAACGUGGAGUUCAUGAAGGCGGCUGCUCGUGGCUUGACCAUCCUCUUUGCCUCUGGUGAUGAUGGUGCAGGGUGCAGGAGGGUGCGCAGUGGGAACCACACAUUCCGGCCCAGCUUUCCAGCCUCCAGCCCCUAUGUCACCACUGUGGGUGGAACAGCCUUCAAGAACCCCUUCCUGGUGACGGCUGAGGUGACUGACUACAUUAGUGGCGGUGGCUUCAGCAAUGUCUUCCCCAUGCCCCAGUACCAGGCCGCUGCCGUGGGGAAGUUCCUGCACUCAACUCCGAAGCUGCCACCCAGCUCCUACUAUAACAGCAGUGGCCGAGCCUACCCUGACCUGGCUGCCCUCUCAGACAACUACUGGGUGGUGACAAACCGCAUCCCGCUGCCCUGGGUGUCAGGGACCUCGGCAUCCACGCCGGUGGUGGGAGGCAUGGUGGCUCUGAUCAACGACCGGCGGCUGCAGCAGGGGCUUGCACCCCUUGGCUUCCUCAACCCCGCGUUGUACCAGCUGCGGGAGCAGGGCCAUGAAGACGCACUCUAUGAUGUGACGCAGGGCUGUCACGUGUCCUGCCUGGACGGCGCCGUGCAGGGCCAGGGCUUCUGCGCCGGGCCCGGCUGGGACCCGGUCACCGGCUGCGGUUCCCCCAACUUCCCGCGGCUGCUGCGGGCGCUGCUGACCGGCGCCGCCAGGGGGCGCCACCAAUAAACGUGCCGCGCCCCA